AAGCAGGUGAUGGGGAUUUAACGCUAAUCAUGGAACCGGCUUUACUGACGAGAUGCGCAUGAUCAUAUCGUUCGAUAUAUUGUCCAGCCCUAGUUAAAAAUAAAAAUGUUUAAGUGUAAUAUAUUUUUCUCCUGGUCCUUAUUUUAAAUAGGUCAUAAAAAAGAUCAAUAAUUAUCGAUAUCGACCGAUAUGAAACACUUGUAUCGUGAUAAAGUUUUCAGCCAUAUCGCCCACCCUAGAUUCAAGUUCUCCGUCGCUACCACGGAUUUCCGUCAUUCAAACUUCACAGAGGCAAUUUACAAAAAAGGGUUGGCUGAUUUUUAUUGACAGAUUGUCACACUCUACAGCCAAUGGUAUCGUUAACAGUGUGAGUGCGCCUGACCAAUGACAGUGUAGUGACCAUAAAUUUCAAUUGAAUGUCUGAUCUGAAGUGAUAAGUACACAGGUUAAUUUCUAAGAAAAUGAAUGCUUUACGUUGUAUUAGAAAGGACAGUAAUGGUAAUACAGUUCAUUUAAAUGUUUUGAAAGGGAAAUAAGAUGAAUUUUACAUGUAUGUUUAAAAGAGAAAUAUAUUACAAUUUUAUGGUGCUAAAAAGAUAAAUAGUGAUUGGAAAGCUGUUUAAAAUAUACAUCAUUCCUUAUAAAAGUCAGUAAUUUAAUUUGUGCUAUUUAAAAUACAGAUUGUGAAUUCAUGAUGAAUAAUUGUUUUGUUUGCACUUAAAUAUCCAUCCUCCAUGAGCAACCUUUAAAAUUUCCCUGACAUUUUCGUGUUAUAAUUUAUCUUAAUACCAGCAUUACAAGGCUUGCUUUAAGAUUGGACCAAGAGUGGACCAAGGGGUUCAAGUUGAGACUUGGUCAGCCUCUCAGGACAAACUAGACAUCACCUUCUCCUUCCCCUGAGGUGUGGCUUUCUGCCUUGAUCCAGUACCCUGGUGUUGUGGAUCAAGGAUUUCAAGUUGAGACGUGAUCAGCCUCCUAAAGAAAAUUGUGAAGAAGUACGGGGUCUUCAGUCACUUUGCCGUGUGCCUUGCAAGGACAAAAAACCUGCCUUCAUCUUCUCCUGGUUUCGUGGACCAAGGGGUUCAAGUUUAGACGUGGAUGCAUAAUGUCAAAACCGGCUCAACUCCGAGUGAUCCUUGCAGAUCAUGAUGUCCGUAAAGUUGUACUACCAUCUGGAAUCCCUGAGACAGUGGAUGACCUUCACUCAGUCAUUCGUGACACAUUUUACAUUGCCAGAGACUUCAGUCUUCACUAUAAAGAUGUUGAUUUUGAUGAGUUUUUCACCCUUUAUUCUACAACUGACCUCAAGGAUAAGGACACAAUCAAGGUUGUGUUUCUCCAGGACCAGGAGCCUGCAAUAACUUUAAACUUAACUGAUGUGACCAACACUGAUGUGACCAACAUGACUGAUCAGCCUUGUGAGGAGCACUAUGUUGAUGACACCGCAUCUGUGUCAACCGAUGACACACUGAUUCUCUCAUCUGAAGAUAGUCCAGGCCACCGUUCCAAGCGCUGGCCUGCUCAGUUUUCAAUUCCCAGCUUUUCUGGCCUCACAGAGAUCCAAAUUCAGUCAGCCAAUGAGCGCUUCAAAAAAUAUGGGACUCUUCUCACUACAAAAGAUUUAAUUCCACUACUCCCAGACAUCCUUGGAAAACUAGCGGAGGCUAUUUAUGAGUACACUGCUUAUCCAUCUAGUCUGCAGAUCGGUGAGGUUGGAGAGGCCCUCACUCAAAAGCAUCCCUGCCUCAAAGAACCAGGUUCCUUUAAUGGGUCCUAUGGAUGGGCGCAGCGCCUGAAAUAUAAGAUGAACAAUUUCAGAAGCAAACUUCGAGGUCUUGGCUGCCCUGAAGUUAAGGUGAACUCACUCAAGAGAAAACAAACAUAUGACCAGUAUCCGGCAAAGAAUCUGAAAAAACCAAAGAAGGCUGAGGUGAACUACCUACCCCCUCAUGCUCAAGGUGAAUCUACUGCAAGUUUGGAAAAAGAGAGAGUGGAGCUCCUAAGUGAAAUGAUGAAAAGGGACAACUCAAAGGUGGUAGCUCAGAAAAUGGCCAAGACGUUCAGCCUUCGUCGGGAGGAAAUAGUGAAAGAGGUCCCUGCCAUCAGUGACUGCAUGAAGCGCUGGCCUGCACUUUUUACUGAAGCACAGAUAAGUGAAGAAUUCAAGAGGAUAACAACAGUUAGCCUUGAAUCAACCUUUCUGGCCAAGCUUGACCAAUGCACCCCAAAAUUGAUGGCCUUGACUCAAUCAAAAGGAGGAGCUGCAGGCCUGAAGAUAAGGCACAUUAAGGACAUGCUUCUUGAGGACAACACAGUUGAAAGGCGGAGAGAAAUUGCCAUUCGCUGCCUCAUAGUCUAUCUUGGAGAGAAGGAGGAGGACCUUUUCAAACAGUAUCGUGAUGUGGAGGAGCUCGACGCAGACCUUGCGAUGCAAGUGAUGAAGAUUGCCAUCAUCGGUGAUGGGCGUGCAACCAUCGUAGUAGAGGGAACCAAGAUCCUGCAGGGGAUUGAUGUCGCCAGAUCCUGUGCUUUGCUGAUGGGGGUAAUCUAUGCUCUUAACCUUAGCUAUCCCAAGCAGUUGAAAUUUACCUUUGAGGCAUUCCAGAAGCUCUGCCUUGAGCUCGAUGGACAAAAAGCCAGCUCUAAAGUAAUGAAUCUCAAGUAUGGUAUUUUCUAGAGCGGACUUGAUUGACCUUGCAUGAGGGAGAAGCUCACAUCACACACACGCACACACACACAUGCAAACACACGUGUUCUUUUGUUUCUGUCAUAGUAUGAAUACCUACUGAGUGAAGUCCAAAUCAGUAAAAGUUAUCAGUAUAGAAAAGGAUGACCUCUGUUCUCUGAGGGUGUUAGUGUAUUUUGAACUUUAUAUGCAGUGCCUUCUUUUGUUGGAUAUUUCUCCUGGAGUUAGUCAGGAGUUUGAGCAGUCUGAUAUUGAUGAGAGAAGAGAUGAUGAUGUAAGUGCUGCCAAAGUUAAUUGAAAGAAGCUUUGCUCAUUUGAUGUUAAAAUUAGUGCCUUGAAUGUACAGCCACCUGUAAUUUUUUUUUUGAUCAUUUUCAUGUGUACAAGUCAAAGGAUGGUGAUUCAUGCACAUGGUUUUACUUAAUUUUAUAACACCGUUUCUCCUCAUAAAGCUUCUGGGUACAUGUUUUGUGUCUUAGGAGAAUGCAGCCUACAAAUGCUGCUGUUUGCACUUUCAAGGAUUUAGUGCUACUGUUAAUGUUAAAAAAUGGUUCGAAUUAAUAUGAAUAUUACUGUCUGAAUUUCUGUUCUUUUUGAGCACCCUUAGCUGCUGUCCAGUUGCUACGUUUUGAUACCCCCCUCAUGCC